AGUUGGGGGAGUUACUGCAGAAGCCCUCCCCUGCCAGGGUCCCCAGUGUGGAAUGGGGUAUCAGGCAGGGUCCAAACAGGGCCCCAGGCCAGGCCCUGGCCUUGGGGCCUCAGCUCCUGACCUAGGAGCCCAAGAAAGUGGCUCCAAGAGGUGGCUCAGUGGGGGCUGAUCCUGCUUCUGUACAAGAAGCUAGUGAUCUUAGGGUACAAAGGAACUGUUUAGGAGGGGGCUGUAUGUCUGGCAGGAGUUGGCUGGGCCCUGGGUCUCCCUAUCCAGGCAGCCUGAGGUCCACAAGCCAAUAAGGGCAUAGGAGGAAUGAAUGCUGUUCCUGGGGUGCUUCUAGGAGCAAUCCACCUGGCCAGGUAUUCCACCAGACCAGCUCAUCUGGCUCCUCAACUCAGAGAUGGGCAGUGCCCAUUAUGUGGCUUGGUGAGGGUGGAGGGUGGAGAUUUAGGGCAGAAGCUUAAUCAGACCAGCCCUGGGGAGCAUGACCCUGGAGGGAAAUACAGAUACAUACUCAUCAGCACACAGAGCCUGGACAGGCUCAGGGCAAACCAUCUCAACUAUGCAUUCCCAGGCACCCAGAUGGACCCACCCCCACAGUGGUGGGGACCUGCAAAAGCACUUGAAAGGGAUGCCCCAAGCUCAGAGAUGGAAACAGCAACCACCCACUCAUGCCCAUACCCAGGUAUCUGGCCGGGCCAGAAUGCAGGGAUGUCAGCCCAGCUCCUGACCUUUUUGGUACCUCGUCAGAGCCAUACGCAGCUGCCCUGGGACCCAGGCAAGACAGGCUGGAUGUUAGGGUUCAGGGCCCUUCCCUGUCUUGAUUUGCCUUCUCUGCCCUGUAUGUAGACAGCCAGACUACAGACACCCUGGCUUCAGGCCAGCCAUUCACAUCCAGCAGCCUGAGCAGGGGUCCUGUGAUAAGCCCAUGCCGGGAUGAUUCCAUGUUUCCCCAACCACUCUUUGGCACGUGCUCACACAGGCACGCAAGCACACGCCAUCACGUCUGCCUAUGGGCCCGCCCGGGGCCUGCUUCUAGGUCAGGCCUGCCUGGGCAGGACUUCCUGGGAGGAGCAGUGGCAGAUGCUGCUCUCUGGGGCACCAUGGCUGGUGGUGUGUGGGGCAGGGCCCGGGGCCAGGGGGCUGCUGUAGGGGCCCUAACCCUGACAGCUGUUGCUGAAGGGAUCCGGGCCAGCCAGGGGCAGCCCCUGGGACCCCCUUCCACCAGCUCUCAGCCCAAGCCCCAGGAACUUGAACCUGAGGCUGAGCCCCAGGUCCAGGCUGACACCACUGCCUCUGAGGUUGAGCCUGGAAGUGGGACCACUGCCCCCACAGCCAGCAAUGAGCCCUACUCCCCGCACAAUGCUCAGGAGGCAGUCCUUGAGGGACCUGGCAAGCGUUCCUUGGAGGAGGGCGCCCUCGCCGACCUGGCCCUGUACACGGCUGCCUGCUUGGAGGAGGCUGGCUUUGCUGGGACCCAGGCCACAGCACUCACCUUGUCCUCAGCCCUGGAGGCCAGAGGGGAGAAGUUGGAGGACCAGGUGCAUGCCUUAGUGCGCGGGUUGCUGGUGCAGGUGCCCAACCUGGCUGAAGGGAGGUCCCGGAGGGCGGCUCUGCGAGUGCUUAGUGCACUGGCCCUGGAGCACGCCCAGGACGUGGUGCAUGCACUGCUGCCGCGCUCGCUGCCCCUGGACCGGGCAUCAGCCGAGCUGUGGCGCAGCCUAAGUCGGAACCAGCGUGUAAAUGGGCAGGUGCUGGUGCAACUGCUGUGGGCACUGAAGGGGGCUUCCAGGCCUGAGCCCGAGGCAUUGGCGGCCACACGUGCCCUCGGGGAGAUGUUGGCUGUAUCAGGCUGUGUGGGAGCCACACGAGGCUUCUACCCACACCUGCUGCUGGCACUGGUCACACAGCUACAUGAGUUGGCUCAUGAUGGGUGCUCUCCUGAAAGUCCUAAGGUUUGGGUCCUGUCCCACAGAGGGCCACCACACAGCCACGCCAGCUGCACAGUGGAGGCAUUGAAGGCCCUGCUCACUGGAGAUGGUGGCCGCAUGGUGGUCACAUGUAUGGAGCAGGCAGGAGGCUGGAGGAGACUGGCAGGAGCCCACACCCACCUGGAGGGUGUCUUGCUGCUGGCCAGGGCCACCAAGUCGAGGGAGAGCUCCUGUUUGCCUCAUCCCAGUGCCAUGGUAGCACAUGCAGACCACCACCUGAGAGGCCUCUUCGCAGACUUGCUUCCCCGGCUGCGCAGCACGGAUAACUCACAGCGCCUCACGGCUAUGGCUUUCUUCACUGGGCUGCUGCAGAGCCGGCCAACUGCACGGCUACUGCGGGAGGACAUCAUCUUGGAGCGGCUUCGCACCUGGCAGAGAGACCCCGAGCCCACGGUGCGCUGGCUGGGUCUGCUAGGCCUCCGCCACCUGGCACUGAAUUGCAGGAAGGUGAGAGGGAGCUGGCCUGGGAGUAGGAUGAGGUCUGCCCGGGAUGGCCACCAGACCCAAUCCCCACAGGUACGGCACAUGAGCACUCUGCUGCCUGCGCUGCUGGGCGCGCUGGGCGAGGGCGAUGUGCGGCUCGUGGGCACAGCGCUCGGUGCACUGCGAAGGGUACUGGUACAGCCGGGUGCGCCGGUGCGGCUCCUGAGCUGGCAGCUGAGACCGCGCCUCCCGCCCCUCCUGGAUGACGCCCGGGACUCGGUCCGCGCCUCCGCAGUUGGGCUCCUGGGGACGCUGGUUCGGCGGGGCCAGGGCGGGCUCCGGGUGGGACUUCAUGGCCCCCUUCGGAAGCUGGUGCUGCAGAGUCUCGUGCCACUGCUGUUGCGCCUGCACGACCCUAGCCAAGACACUGCCGAGAGUUCAGAGUGGACCCUGGCCCGCUGUGAUAAGGCCUUUCGCUGGGGCUUACUGGAGGAGAUGGUCACUGUGGCUCACUACGACAGCCCGGAGGCUCUAAGCCGUGUCUGCCACUGCCUGGUCCAGCGAUACCCGAGCCAAAUCCCCUGCUUCCUGAGCCAGACCCAGGGCUACCUGAGGAGCCCACAGGAUCCGCUGCGCCGGGCUGCCACUGUGCUUCUAGGCUUCCUGGUCUAUCAUGCGAGCCCUACGCACGUCAACCAGGAUCUGCUGGACUCCCUGUUCCAGGACCUAGGGCAGCUGCAGAGCGACCCAGAACCUGCAGUGGCUGCCGCAGCACACGUGUCCACACAGCAGGUGGCGCUGCUGGCCCAUGCACAGGGCCAACCGAGGCAGGGCCUCCUCCUGCGCCUGAUCUCUCGAAACCCCCACUGGGCCAGGCCCACACCAUGCUAUGCUGACAGCCCAUUCCAGCGCCGGUGCCUUGAAGGCCGGUGGGGCUGCAACGGACCCUGCUCACCUGGACUGAUGCCCAGCUUCUAACUCAGGCAAUGCAUCCUCAUGGUCGCUGGUCCUCACAGCAGAAGACUUGUGUAACAGCUCUACCUGAGGUCCCUUGAGCCUGGUGCUGGACGCCAGGCCCUUGUCCUGGGACUGCCCUCUAGGGGCCACUAUAUGACAGUAUGGGAGAGGGACAGCUGACACCAUUUCAUCCUGAGCCCUUCCCCUCUUGACCCCUGGGUCCUUCUCCCUGCCGGACCUGUUUUCCCUGCUCCCUGAAAGAACUUGGGCCUGGCACCUGGUCUGCACAGCCUCUCGCCUCCCAAACCAGGAUCUGGUGGAGACACUGUGAUGCUGGUGGCACCACAGGCCCGGCCCCCUUCCUGGGCCUAUACCUCCUGCCUGGCCUUGGCUGUUGCAGCUGUCAAAGUCUUCCUUACCACCAGACAUCGCCCUGUUCUUUGACUUCUCUGCUAUUCCCGACUGCUCUUCUGGCUCAUGGCUCCUGGGCUUAAGAGGCACUGACCUGCCCUCCUGUCCACAACUGCUGUCCCCCUCUGCUGGCCAGAUCACCUCCUAUCUCCUCUGACCUUGUUUAGAAUCCCUUCCUGCUGGACAGCACAAGCUAAGAGUACACCACGGGGUUGAGGCACGGGGAGUGGGCACCCCAUACCAGACUGUGAGCAGGGGUGGCAGCACUCAGCACCCUGCACAGGGCUGAGUGGGAACGGUGGGACGAAGCCAAAGCUGUGACCUCACUCCUUUGAGUGCUUGCCUGGGCAGGUUCCCUCACCCAGAAGGCCUGCAUUGAGACACUCUCUCAACUUUCAAGGGCUCAUUGUGAAGGUGUGGACCAUUCCCCUAUACUGGGGGCCCUUAGGGGCAGGCAUGGAGUCCUGCUCACCUCAUCUCUCCUGUACCCCAUGGAAAAGUGUUUAAAAUAAAAUAUCAAAACCCAUA